UCCACUUGUAAAAGCUGUCCGGUGACCUAUACGCGUUCGGGUAUUUUUUUUUCCUUCUUUUUGCAAGAAACGCUGAAAAGAGACGUAUAGAAAUGGUUACUCCAGAAGAAUGUGACUUAUACUUUUAUGAAAAGCGAUUGCAGACUUACUCCGGUUGGCCGUUUACAGGAGGUUGUGCUUGCACUCCUGAAAAUAUGGCGAAGGCAGGGUUUAUCCACUGUCCCACAGAGAACAGCCCAGACGUUGUUCAAUGUUUUUUCUGCUAUAAGGAGUUGGAAGGAUGGGAACCAGAAGAUGAUCCUUUGCAAGAACAUAAGCGUCAUUCGCCAAAUUGUACUUUCAUCGGUUUAAAAAAGAGCGUGGAGGAUAUGACACUAGUAGAACUUUUAAAACUUCAGAAAGAUCGCCAGAAGUUUUUGCUUAAAAAGUCUACUGAUGAGACCAUGGAAAAGUUUCGCCAAGCAGCCCAAAACACACGGUCGGAGUUGGUUAAAAUAAUUACCAAGGCUAACUAGCUUAUUUGGAGUUUAAUAUAUUUUUGUGUCAUCUCUCUGUGUAUGUGUAUAUAUUUUGAAAGUGUUUUGUUUUUAAUAGCAUUGACCGGAAAGUUUUAUACAGUUGUCUAAAAUGCAGUUCUCUUGUCUUUCCUGUAAAUGUUUUUUUGUUAAAUUGUA